AUGCCUCCCAAGCCACUCGCCUUACCCACGCAGCUGCUAAAACAGAUUGGUGCGCCGGAACAAUCUGCCACCUCGAGGUCCAAUCCUCGUUGGAAGAGCCAGGGACAAAACAGAAAAGAUCGACGGAAAGCCGACAGACACUUAAAAAAGCAGCGACAGUCAUCAACGCAGCGGGACCAUCUUUCACGGAACCAACGUGUUGUCAGCAAACAGGGAAAGGACCACGAUGGCGGACGUACUUUCGACGAGCCGGAAGAGCCAACCCCGAAAAAGCGCAAGCGAGAACAUAUAAGCAGAAAUGAAGACGAAGACGAGUCACGGCAGCCUUUAGCAUUAACACAGCCUUCCCGUGUCGUUCAGGAAAGGCUAGCCAAGGAUGACGCCGAAAUCGAGCAGCUUGAGCGCAAGCUGGGGUUGAAGAAGGGUCGGAAGUCGAUUCCUAAGGCCUUCAAGGAUGACGGACUUGACGAAUUGCUUGGCGAUCUUAACGAUGGCAGCGAAUCGGACGAAGGGAGCCGCAGAGUCAAGAGCGAGGCCGAAGAAUGGCUUGCGGCAAAACGAAGAAAAGCGGUCUACGGUUUAGCGAAGUUCCGGUCUACUACGGAGAGCGACGAAGGAGACGAAGACUAUAUGGGUUUCACAGACGAAGAGACAUCAGACGACGAGGAUGACGACAAUGAUGUGGCCAUGAGCAUGGUAGAUCAGGGCGAUUCCGAUGACCAGAGUUCAUCAAGGGGCUCUGAAUCAGAAGACGAAGAGACUGUCCGAGAAACCAAGCCCAUCAGAGAAAAUCCCUAUCUUCCACCAGUCUCAGCUGGCACACAGCUUCCCAAGUACAUCCCGCCGUCGUUGCGAGCAGGAUCUGGUGGCGAUGCAGGUCUUGAGGCUCAAAUCCGAAGGAAGUUGCAGGGUCCUGUUAACAGAGUCGCUGAAGCAAACUUGAUAUCGAUUGUUGGUGAGAUCGACAGGAUUUAUCAGGACAAUCCGAGGGGCCACAUGAACAACAUCUUGACAAGCCUACUUAUGGCUCAAAUCUGCGACCCUACGAGCAAGCCUGACACUCUACUCGUCCUCUCCGCCGGCUUCGUUGCUGCCCUUUACAAGGUCAUUGGCAUCGAUUUCGCCGCGCAUUUUCUCACCACCGCUGUUGAGCGUUUCCAAGAAGAGAGGAAUAGGGCAGUAGUGGCGGCCAAGGAGGAACGCAUACCCACCAAAGAGACGUCUAACCUGCUCACAGUGCUUGCGGAAAUGUACAUGUUCCGUAUUGUCGGCAGCAACCUUAUUUUCGACUUUGUGCGGCUCCUCCUCGGCGAUCUAUCGGAACUGAACGCCGAGCUCCUACUGCGGAUUGUUCGCGUAGCAGGACCUCAACUUCGCAAGGAUGACCCGUUAGCGCUGAAAGAUAUCGUCAGCUUGAUUCGUCCGGCGGUAUCCAAGAUUGGGGAGAGCAACUUGACCGUCCGCACUAGGUUUAUGAUUGAGGCCAUCAGUGACCUCAAGAAUAACAAGAUCAAGGCCGGCGCACAGGAUCUGGUUAUUCUUGGUGAGCAUGUAACGCGCAUGAGAAAGGUCUUGGGUUCUCUUGACACGCAGAAGAUCAGAGCAUCAGAACCUCUACGUAUCGGUCUGAAGGAUAUCGAGAACGCAGACAAGACGGGCAAAUGGUGGCUGGUAGGUGCCAGCUGGGCAGGCCAGGGUACGCAGGAGGCAGCUAAGGAUGACAAGAAGGUCGCAGCCACAGGAGAUGUUGACGAUGUGGCGGUUGCGGAUGCUGAUGAUUUGGCGACCCGCGAUCACACGCAGUUGGCAAGAGAGCAAGGGAUGAAUACUGACGUACGACGGGCCAUCUUUAUCGCGCUCGUUGCUGCCGCCGACUAUAAGGACGCAUACAUGCGAAUCCUUAAGCUACGGCUCAACAAAUACAACAGACGCGAGGUGCCAAACGUGCUGCUUCAGUGCUCGGGAGCACAGCAACACUAUAACCCUUUCUAUACGUUGGUAUCCAGAAAGUUUUGCAUGGAUUCACGGAUCAAGCAUGCAUUCCAGGAUACCUUGUGGACGCUGUUCCGUAGGCUCGGUGAACCGCUGUUCGGAGAGGAGGCCGAGGAGGAAGACGAGGAGGGGGUAGACGACCGGCGGCUUAUCAAUACUGCAAAGAUGAUGGGAAGUUUAGUUGCCGAUGGCUCUGUCGGUCUUGGAAUCCUCAAGCCGCUCAAUCUGGCCUAUAUCAAGGAGAAGACGAGCUUAUUCGUCGAGGUGCUACUCAUUACUGUGCUUCAAGAGUGUAGUCACGUCAAGGGCAAGAGCGUGGAGCAGGCCCUUGGAGUGCCCUUCGGCAGCGGGUUGACGCCGGCCCUUGCAAGAAGUGUAGGCUAUUUCUUGCGCAAAAAGGUACGGGUCACAGAUCUUGUCGGCGGCAAAAAGGAAACUAGAAAGGUCAAGGAGACGUGCAAAGUGGCGGAGGCAUUGCUACAAAAGCCAGACAUAGGCGGAGAUCAGUAA